AUGAUAAGUAAGGAGAUUGAGAGGAGAAAGGAAAAAUCUGUGGUGAGAGUGUUGUUUGUGCGUAAAAAAGAUAUAAAGACAGAAGGAGCAAGUUGUAUAGUGAUGAAACCUCCCCAUCAACACCCGCGCAUCAAUCUUGACGAGUUGAAAGCCCAAAUAGUGAAGAAAUUAGGGCCAGAUAUGUCCAAACAGUAUUUCCAUUACCUGCACAGAUUCUUGAGCUUGAAACUGAGCAAGCCCGAUUUCAAUAAGCUCUGUCUAAGAAUUCUCGGUUGGCAAAAUAUCCCUCUCCACAACCAGCUCAUUCGUUCCAUACUGCGAAACAGCUGUACUGCCAAAACCCCGCCGCCAUUCCUCAAUCAUCACCACAAGGACGAUAUUUCAAACAAAGUCAACCGCAAGGAGAUUCUAGCUGACGGUCACCAGAAAAACGGGUCCCACAUCAUCAGCACAACUCACCUUUCUCAUUCGCCCGGUUUACCCAAUGGGAAAAUGGCGGGUCCCAACGUUGUAUCCAAAAACGGGGAUAUGAACCCGAUGCAGCAUCAUCAAGAACUUGUUCAGCUGGCAGAGACUGGGCAUGUUGGCCCUGCUCCCUUGUAUAGCGAAAAUGACGAAAAUGCCCCUUCGAGGAGCCCGAUACGAGCUCCCCUGGGGCUUCUGUUCUGUCCUGCUAGCGUAGGUGGGUCCCAUCGUUGGUCGGUCGGGACAUUGUGUGAUGGUGCUUUGUUGGACUCUCAUGCACUGAGAGAACGAAUGGAUCAUAUUGCUGUGGAAAUGGGGUUAGCAGAAGGGGUGUCUUUGGACUGUGCUGAUGUGCUGAAUCACGGUUUGGAUUGUUACAUGAGAGGGUUAAUUAAGUUUUGUGUUGAUCUUGUGGGGUCGAGGUCGGGAGGUGAAUUCGGUAGGAUUGAUGUCAGGAGCAAGCACCAAGAACGUAAAAAGCAUGAUAAAAUCGAUGUCCGGAUUUUGUUGCAGGACUUUAGGGUUGCUAUGGAGAUGAAUCCACAGAGGCUAGCCUCCGUCAUAUUAGUCAGGUUCAGAAGCCAAACCGCUCAGCAUGGUUUUUGUUUGGGUUAUCUGCAAGAAAACCUGACAGAUGAUGUUCUUGUCUUACUUGCAUUCAUCACUUUAGUGGAUGGAUGGAAAAACUCUUUACUUAUGGAAACUGGUGAAAAGAAAGCAAAGUUUGUAGGCAAGAAGUUUGUUCUUCGCUUGUUCUAUGAUUCUAUCAUAACCAUGAUCUUUACACAGAUUAUUGUUGCAGUUGAUUGCAUAACGCUAUAUUAUAUUUCAUACCAUAUGCUUGGGAGAUGUCCAGAGUACAGUGAUAAAGAACAGGAAAAGCUUUUCAAACAUGAGGAUAAAUUCAUGGACGAUCCAAUAACGUUCCUGAAAAAGCUCGUCCGUGAGAGCUGGCGCAAUCCACUGUAUCUGAUAAUAAGUCGUGUCCCACAGAUCAUCUUCACCGUCCAUCGUCAAAAUCCCUUUCUCCUUCAUACUCUUCACAAUCCUCGUCAGCAAAUCCGGGACAACUUCCGUCAUCUUCAACUCUCCAUACUCCCCAAGAUCCGCCUUCAUGCACGUGUCCAUCCUCCUCAAUAUCCCCAGCCAGAAAGUCCUAAAGUUAGGACUCUCCGAAAUCGGCUUCAGAAAAUGCAAAUACACGUCCGUCAAAACCUCCAUCGACAGCCUCAGCGUACCCUCCAUACUCCUCGUCUCCCUCUCCGCAUUCUCUCUCCUCGAAUACUGCACCAUCUUCUCGUGAAGAUCGUCCACCAUCGCGAAUAUUAUGUUGUAGAACGAGUUUAUGCAGUUUGUGGGCGUGAACAAAAGCUCCUCUGCCAGGAUAAAGCUCUUCUGGAGAGAGACUACUGCAUGUCGCUGGAAAAGGCUGACCGGGUUGUAAAUCCGCGCGCCUUCCUCGACCGAGGCAUUGCUCGAGGAAGUGCUCGAGAAGCUUCCGGGGUCCGAGUACCCGGCCUUGUACCAGUCGACGAGCUGGCGGGCCGAGUCGGCCAGCAAGUCCAUAAUCCGAAGGUUUCGGUCGACUCUGCUGUUUCGGAGGGCGACGAACGCGAACGCGCAGUCGAUUAUUUCGCGCGCGUGAUGUGGGUCCCGCUCGACAUGAGGCUGAUUAGUGCCUCGACUCCUCUUUCGUAUGUCUCGGGGUGGCGGCCCGUGGCUGAAAGAAGGUGGAGUGUCGACAUCCAGCCGAGUGGCGUCUGUAGUCUCCCCGGAUAG